AUGUCGGACACGGCAAUGGCGCUGGCCAAUCUGCCUCCCCCCGAGUCCAACCCUGAGACUCCGUCGGAGAUGCCCGGCACGCCCACGAGCACCACCACGUCUCUGUCGGCCCUGUCGACGACCGCCAUCAAGGACGGCCAUCGCGGCCAUUUCCACACGGGCCUCUUCAGCCGCGGCCACCAGCACAACCCCUCCGCCACCAGCCUCGAGGCUGAGCGCGCCGACCGCAUCUCGCGCCUGGCCGGGCUCGAGCGGGUGUCGACGCUGCGAGCGCCCCAGCAGACGCCCAGCACCGGCCGCGCCUCGUCCCUGUCACCCCAGACGACGCCGACGUCGACGGCCGGCUUCCCGCCCAACUACCCGCUGACGCAGCACCUGACCCCCGCCUACUUCGACAGCAAUGGCCAGCCCGUUGCCGUGACCAAGAUGAGCACCGUCGGUACCGCUAGUGCUACCGAGAGCCAUCCUAGAACGAUUGGCGACCGUGACGAGGACAUCCUGAGCACCGACACAAACUACCGCGAGGCCGGCUCCGUCACAAGCACCGGCGUCGACCACGAUGCCAUGGACGAGGAUCUCGAGGGCCUCGGCGCCCACUCGACCGGCUUCGAGGACCGCAUGAGCGACGACGGCUCGUCUCUCGUCGGCUUUGGCGAAGGCGCCGGCAGCACCGUCUCCGGCCCCAUCUACCACCGCCGUCCGGCUCCCGGUGCCGCAUAUCAAUGGGGCCUCGAGCGCACCAACUCGGGCAUGAGCGACGCCAGGCGAGAUAGAGACUCGUACAUGUCGUCGGGAGGCGGCGACACGCCAAUGAGCGCCGCGGCCGUCCAGGAGCGCCAGCAUGCUCGCAUGAUGGACGGCGUGGCCACGGACGGGCCGCCCACGAACCCGAUUACCCCAGAUCAAGACGUCUUCGUCGACACAACUUUCAGAGGACCGGUUCCCGUGGGCCGCCAGCCUGCCAGGGAAACCGUGGAGAGGAUCGUACAACGGCUGGAUAGCGGCGAGUCCAGGGCGGGACCGUCGGGAAUGGGCAGCCCAGGUCGAGGAGGCGACAAGCUGGGCCGGUUCUACUUUGAGACUGACAAACGAGAUGACUAA